AAUCAUUGGACCGAUGAUUUUCGUUACUCGUCACUCUCCGUUGAAUGUUGGUCGAAUUUACGUUGUUAUUUCAGCCAUUUUAUUCCAAAAUACCUGAUUCCUUAUUGUUGCCAGCUGAGAGAAGCCAUCAAUGGCGUUAAGGAUAAUCCAAACUCGCUUGCUUUCCUCCCGAAUCCGCCCCUUCUCUUCUCUCAACCUCCCCGCUCUUGAGCCCUCGAACGAGGCCGAGUCCAUCUCGAAGAUGCUGCUCCACCACCACAACCCCUUCCACGCCAUGGAGGCCUCUCUCCAGCUCCACGGCAUCACUCUCACCCCUCACCUCCUCCACCAAACCCUCCUCCGCCUCAAACACUCUUCCAAGAUCGCCCUCGCCCUUUUCAACUACUCCAAGUCCCUCCCUUCCUCUCCUCUCACUCCCACCUCCUACCACCUCCUCAUCGACCUCGUCGCCAAAGUCCGCCAGUUCGAUCUCGCUUGGCAGCUCGUUAUCGAAAUGGACCAACACAACCUCCUCCCCACACCCACCACGUUCUUGAUCUUGAUCCGUAGACUCAUCACCGCUGGCCUUACACGCCAAGCCAUUCGUGCUUUCGAUGACAUUGAAGGUUUUAGUCAAAUCAAAACCAGCAAUGAAGAUUUUUGUUAUCUGUUGGACACCCUUUGCAAGUAUGGGUUUGUUAAGGUUGCAACCGAGGUUUUUAACAAAAAGAAACACGGGUUUUUGCCAGAUACUAAAAUGUAUACCAUUUUGAUAUAUGGGUGGUGCAAGAUUGGUAGGAUUGAUAUGGGGGAGAAGUUUUUAAACGACAUGGUGGGGAGAGGGAUCGAGCCGAAUGUGGUUACGUAUAAUGUUUUGUUGAAUGGGAUUUGUAGGCGGGCAAGUUUGCAUCCAGAGGGUAGGUUCGAGAGGACGAUAAGGAACGUGGAGAAGGUGUUCGAUGAAAUGAGAGAGAGAGGGAUUGAGCCAGAUGUAACUAGUUUUUCGAUCGUGCUUCAUGUGUAUAGCCGGGCACAUAAGCCUGAGUUGUCACUUGAUAAGUUGAGGUUGAUGAAGGAGAAAGGGAUCUCUCCGAGUGUGGCAACAUAUACUUCGGUGAUCAAGUGUCUUUGUUCAUGUGGGAGGCUUGAUGAUGCAGAGAAGUUGCUUGAGGAGAUGGGGAGGAAUGGGGUUAGUCUAUGUGCCGCUACUUAUAAUUGUUUCUUUAAGGAGUAUAGGGGAAGAAAAGAUGUGGAUAGUGCUUUAAAGUUGUAUAAGAAAAUGAAGGAGGAGGGUUUGUGUAUGCCUAGUAUUCACACCUAUAACAUAUUGGUGGGGAUGUUUUUGAAGUUGAAUCGUAUGGAGAUUGUGAAGGGCUUAUGGGAUGAUAUGAGCGAGUGUGGGGAAGGUCCAGAUUUGGAUUCAUAUACAAUGUUGAUUCAUGGGUUAUGUGAGAAACAGAAGUGGAGAGAGGCGUGCCAGUUUUUUGUGGAGAUGAUAGAGAGGGGCUUUCUCCCACGGAAGGUAACUUUUGAGACACUUUACAGGGGCCUUAUACAAUCUGAUAUGUUGAGAACUUGGAGAAGAUUAAAGAAGAAACUUGAUGAAGAGUCAAUAACAUUUGCUUCAGAGUUCCAGAAUUAUCAUUUGAAGCCAUAUAGGAGAUGAUCUGCAGAUAUGUAAAGUGUUUAUGUACUCUUAACCUUUUUGACUGUUUUAUUAUUUGAAGGUUGGUUUAAUUA